UUUUCCAAACUUGAAAGAGUUACAUCUGUACAAAACCAGUAUGAAUGGCAAUCCUCAAAACUUUAGACAUAGGCUGAUACACUUGGGUAAUUUAUCCUUGCAAAAGUUAUCAUUGACUACGGAUAACGCGUUUGAUUUUGCAAAAAUUUCAACGAUGGAUCUUGUAUCCGUAAAAACACGAAAUGAGCAUCAAUACAUCAAAGUAUGUGCUAACGGGAUUCCAAAGACUAUAACAAAUGAAGAAGGGGCUGCGCUUUGGAAACACUUGGCUGCUGAGCAUAGAUAUUUCAUAAUAUGUAACGCUCUUGCUCACUUUGAGCUGAACAAUGUUUACAUUGAACUGAUGAAAUAGUAAUAAAAGAAAGUUCUUUUUACUUUAUAAACACAAGACCAACG